AUGUCUUCCGUCGACAUUAUGUUUUCUUCUGAAGGUGUCCUUCAUUGCGGUUGUGCCAACCCGGGGGAUGGAGGAGACAAGGUUAUCACCCCAGUGUUGCUCUCAGUACAUCCUGUGGCAUAUCUCAUAUCUCUCGUCCCUCUUUGCCUCUCUGUUUCUGAUUUCAAAUGGCGUGAAACUUUGAGCUCUGGGACAAGCUGGGGCCAAGUGAACGUUGGUAAUUUAUCCUGGUCAGCAGCUCGGAUCCCACCGAAGCGAACGUCGAGCGAUCGUUCCAAGUCCGCGCCCAAAUACCACGAUGAAUUUCGUUUCGCCCUCUCGUCUUGUUCGCAAUUUAAUUUGAAAGCGGUUAUUUCAAUUCGCCCUAUUCGACUGGUCGGCACACUCGGUGUUUCUCUGAAUCGCUGUAGUGCCAUUAGUUGUAUGUGA